GUUGCACGCCGGGAGGCCGUGCCGGUCGCCGACGUGGAGCCAGAAAGGGAUCCAGGGGAGUUCAUUAUCCACAUCGAAAGUGAUGAUCCUCCUCUCGACAUAGAUGGGUUUGUAGCUGAGAUGGAAGAACUAGCUUCAUCUGAUCCCCCGAAGGGAACACCCAGACCAGAUAGUUCCAGACCUGAUGUUGUGCAUGUGGAUAUUUCGGGCAAAAAGAAAGAAAAGGGCGAAGAAUCAUCUAGUCCUCCGGAAGGAGAGGCCUUUGUCGUAGACUUCUCACCAAAACGGAGUCAAGGUGAACAGGCACUUAGGGAAGAAGCGAAGUCUAAGAGCCAUUUACUUUGUCAUUUGCCCAAGAAUCCAUAUUGCAAGACCUGUCAACAAGCCAAAAUGUUGAAGCCCCCAUCUAGAGUAUCCGGGGGGUCUAAACACAUCGAUGCCGAAAGAUUUGCAGAACACAUCACUGCUGACUUUCUAAUCGCUUCCACCGAUGAGGAAGCGGGGCUUGAUGGAGAACAGGUCGCAAUGGUUGUGAAGGAUGGCAUCGCAUCCGAUGAUCAAGAUGACAACGAUGGGGUCGACCGUGACCUCUUCGAUCAAGAUGCAAAGCCUGCGCGGGAGCCAGUGGACUACAAUGUGGAGUCUCAUGAGCUCAGAGAAGCACUCACGGACUGGGAAUUCAUAGACGCUGACCAACGGGUUCCGGACGAUGAGAAGGUCUCGGUUUUUCAGCGCAUCGUGGAAUGGGAGCACCGCUUGAAAGAGCUGAGGUCCUCGUGCGUGUCCGUCGCCUAUGAAGAUGGCAUUGCAGGAGUUCAGACGCUCGGCGGGAGCCAGCAGCCGGUGGACAUCGUCAUUGAUACAUGCCUUUGUUCGGACAUCGAGAAGAAUUUCAAGUCCUACAAGGGCAUCUGGGAAGCACUGGAUGAGAUUGCUUCCAAGUGCCGCGAACAGGGAGUGCCCCAAAUCCCGUCGCUGCCGAAUGCUGAGAAGCAACAUGCGCGGGUUGUCCGUGCGAUGGACGAGAUCAUCAAGAUGCGUCGGCAUACGAUGAUCAGCGACAUCGCCGUCUUCGGCUGUGGAGAUUCAGAUGCUUUUGGUCUUCCACCAUCGUAUGGCCUUGAAAUGGGUCGCUGCUUCGAACGUCUCAUUGCUGGAGGAGUUCGCUGCGUGUCGACGUGCAUGCCCUCGAUGGCAAGUGUGAGGUAUGACCGCCUCCAUAUGACAGACCUGCCCAUGAAUCGAACCCUUAUGAUAAAGUUCUUAAGGUCAAUGAUUCGGGCGCAUCUGAUCGUUAUGCAGAUUGAAGAAUUGGAGCCCGUGUUGAGGCAGAAAGCAUCAUUCCUGGAUGCCGACCCGGAAGAAUGCAUGAAGAUUGUGUACCAAUACUCCAAUCUUGCGCAGUUCAAGUACGCCCUUUCCAAGACGGACCAGGUUCGGGAGGCUCUCAAUCCUGUGACACUUCCUGUUUCUCUCGCACAAGAAGCCCAAACUGCGGAUGAGCAGAUCAUGGACUACAUGGCCGAGUUGAACGAAGUCGCAGAAGAUGAAGCCACCCGGGAGGGUGCGCCGAAAGCAAAUGAUUUCACUGAGGGUGACUUGACAUCCAUUGCCCCCGUCUUCAAAGACGAUGUGGACUCUGAUGAAGAAGAAGAAGCCCGCCUGAGAAAGCAUCUUCAGGAAGAUUUCAACGAGGCGGCAGAUGCAGAUUGGUCACCGGUGCACAGUGAGGCCACUGACAAGAUCCCAGGGAUCGACGAAUGGGAAACCAUUGAUGACACGCGCCCCGACAUCAUCCACAACAUCUUUGACCGGGACGACAAUGUCGAGAGUCAUACUGAGGUGGACUAUGGGGGUGAACAUGAUGAUGGAAUUCAGGUCGUCGAUGAGUUCCCUGAGACCGUCGUGAUCCCGGAUGACGCCAUGGACGUGGACAAGAAUGAGACCGAGACCAAGGAUGAGGCCGACGUUCUGGACGAUGUCAUGGUGAUUGAAGGUCCCGAGACAGGCCACCCUGAGGUCGAGGUCCCUCCUGUUGAGUCCACGGCGCCUGAGAAUGAAGAGGCUGUUGCUGCCGGGGGGGACCCUGUGCCUGUUGAUGCUGUUGCUGAAGGUGACGUCAAGACUUCUGAGACAGUCGCCUCUGCUGACAACACUGUCACAGCUGAAGGGUCGAAGCUCGCCGGGAGGCCUGCCAACGUUGAUGAACCUGCAUCGUCAUCGAAUCAGCCCAAGCCAGAGGCAAAGAAGAUGCCACUGAGCCAUCACACGGCAAAAGCAUGGACACAGUGGUCCAACUUUCUGACAGGAGUGGAGCCCGGAAAAUUCUAUUCCCUGAAUCAACCCAAAGCCCUCCAGGGAGUCAUUCGUGACAUGGAAGCCGCCGAAGGCAUCGAGCCUCAGGAGAUGACGAACUACUUGUUUGGAUUCUAUGCGGCGGUCUCCAACUCUGAGGUCAUCGAAGGACAUAACCACGGUGCUUUGGAUUGGAAUGUGUUCACCGACGAGCCGGAAGCAGAGGCAUCUGACGUGACAUUCCCAGCAGCCAUGGGUCCAGUGAGGACGGAAGGGUUGAUUGACAACCCACGCCGCAACUUCGACCCAAGGGUCACUGAGAGGUACCGUCCUGAAGCCACAACUUGGCGAAUGUCCUCGUACGAUGAGCCCCAAGAAGGCUGCUAUCGUUGUGGAGCCCAAGAUCAUUGGCAAAGGAACUGUCCUUAUCGCGGCAUGGGAGCUCACUACGGGCGUCGAGAACAUCGAGGAGUGUGGGGUUACACCAGAGACGAGCAUGGCGACCGACGGCAGUCAGGCUGGUAUGCAGACCAGUGGCUGUAUCGUGACAGUUGGCGCCAGUGGAAUUACGGGUAUGAAGACCGUAGGUGGGGCAAAGACCAGCAUGGAUACAAGGGCAAAACCCAAGAGAAAGGCUAUGUGAAGGGACCUGCCAAGGGCAAGGGCAAAGGACGUAGCUACUCGGGAGGGUAUGCCGCUGAACGUGAACGUGAACGAUCUCCACCUCCAUCUGGUGGUGCAUCUUCCUCUGCUGGACCUCCACCUCCAAACUACCGUCCUGGUCGCAACACCAGGAUCGUUGACGCUGUGACCCAUGAGACCCGGACGAGCCAUCGUGUGAUCAGAGAACGUGUCGUGGAGCAAGAUGAUGGCACCAUGUACACCGAGAUCACCUUCCCUGAUGGCACUGUUGAGCGGGACUAUUGGUAA